CCGCCACGCUCUUUGCUUAGACUAGUCCUCGGUCAUUACUCAUCUUCCGUCCAUCGGUUUCACCUCCUAUAUAUUCCCCACCAUUCUCUUCCGCGACAUCCUUUCCGGUCCUGAUCGUCACUCAGACAUCCAGCGGAUCCAAAAUCACAGAAUGGCUGACUAUUUGUUGCCGAACCAUUUCCUGUCCUUGCCCCGUCCAGACGCGCACAUAGGGUCACCAGAAGGUGUCCCUGAUACCUCCACGCUCGCCGCAGCCGACUUCGAUGUCGACAACAGAACUGGUUUCAUGCCUCCUCAACCCCCCUUGACGCGGUUGCCAAGCGAGUGGGAGACAUGGGAGGAGGUUCUGGAGGACGCGGUGGAAAAACGCAUCAAGCUUGGGAGCCGUGACGAUCUAACUGACAAGGACAAGGAAAUAUCAGAAGGGUGGCGGGAGACAGUCCGGAAGAUGCCUGUCCUCUCCACCGACGGCUUAUUCAAAUCCGAGUUCCUUUUGCGGAGGGCUCAUCAUGUUCUAUCAUACAUGAUGCAUUUCUACAUCCACUCUCAGCCCCCCACUUGUUCCGAGAUUCAUAUCCCCCGGUCAUUGACGCUACCUCUUUUGCGCGUCUCCGCACAGCUACAGCUGCCCCCAGUCGUCACUUACUCAGACGACGUCCUGUACAAUUGGCGUUAUAAAGAACCCGCUACCCUUGACGACCCCUAUCGCAUUCCUACCAUCGACAAUAUCAAGUGCGAUAAUACGCUAUUCACAGGCACUAAUGACGAGCAAGAGUUCUACCUAGCUUCUGCAAGGGUAGAGCUACGUGGUGUCGAAGCACUAGAGUUGAUGCGGUUGACCAUGGACGAAGCCUUCGUUGGCGACGCCAUCGCGUUCCGUCGUAUCACGGCAUACCUGCACGCGAUGGCCGAGGUCAUUCGAGGCAUGACCCAACAGUUGCUUCGGGUGCGGGAAGGGUGCGACCCCGCUGUCUUCUACAACGAAAUUCGACCUUGGUUCAAGGGUGCGGACUCGGGGCAGAAGAAGUGGAUCUUCGACGGUUUGGACGAGGACCCUACCCUCCUGGAUCCCGAAGAGCUCUCUGGUCCUAGUGCUGGGCAGAGCUCCAUGAUCCAUGCUCUCGACGUCUUCUUCGGCGUCGAUCAAUACUCCCAUUCUCUAACGCUGUCCGGCUCCUUCUCCAGUACCUCAGCAGAGUCCAACGCGACCUAUCACCCGCCAAACAAGAAAUCCUUCCUGGACCGCAUGCAGAUCUACAUGCCGCGUUACCACAGGGCCUUCUUACGCCAUCUAGCUGCGAACCCGCGUCCCCUCCGUUCACUUGUCUCGGCGCACGCCGAAGACGCUCCUGAACUAUUAGGGGCCUAUAACGCUGCCGUUACAGCUCUAAAGGAGUUCAGAGACGCUCAUAUGAGGAUCGUUGCUGUCUACAUUAUCGGUCCCAGCCGCAAGGUCCCUACUGCCAAGGUCGCUGAGAAGGACGAGGAAAAGGAGAUACUCAAGGGCACUGGCGGUACUGACCUCGUGAAGUUCCUGAAGGGCGUCAGAGACCGGACUGCGAGCGCAGUGAUGCCGGCAGAGAAGAGGUGACCUCGUUUGAUUUAUUUUGUUUCUCUUUGCUUCGCGGGAUAGAUGGGCCGAUUUAAUGGCAUGUAGUAUAGCGACAGCUGCGUAGACCUUUGUAUUAUUUUCCGCAGACCCCUGGAAAUAUCAUGUGCAACAUACGAUCGUGG